CAACUAUAAAGUGAGUUGCAAAAGUUUUAACCCCUGGUUAACUUACAACUUAAGAGUUUAACAUAUUUUGAUUUAAACAACUACCACUGUGAGAAGUAAAAAUAUUGUAAUCACAAAAAUGUAAGGGAAAAAAAAUAAAAUCAAUAAAAAAAACAGGACACGCCAGUUCGGUGUUGCAUUUGAGAGCACGUCGAGAUCCGGUGACAAGUGGCCAAUUAAUUUUGUUCGACUGAGAUAAAUAAAAGGUCCGUCAACGCAACUCUUGCUAAUUUAGCUUGUUGCUAACUCCACCAUGGACAAUGCCUCCUGUUUGGGUUCAGCUGUGUCUUUGGAAGAAUACGGCCCUGCACCUGGUGACAGUUCUCCCGUAGAGGAUGAGUUAGUGGACGCUUUUGGAGACCUGGCUGCCCUCCCGGUGGAAGUCGAAGAGAGAAGACCGACAUGUUUACGAUGCCGCCGCCCUCUGAAGGUGUGUCUCUGUCCAUUUUUACCAGCACAGCCCCUGGAGGUGUCCACAUGUCUGUAUGUGGUGCAGCAUCCUGCCGAGGAAAGCAGAGUACUUCGAACUGUGCCUCUCCUUGCUGCUUGUUUGCCACAAGGAAAAUGCAAUGUUAUAGUGGGAAGGAAAUUCAAUGAAGAAAAGCACCCAGAGCUUGCUGCUGUGUGUCAGGAUGACAGAACACUCAUCCUGUACCCUGGUCCUAAAUCCCAAAACCUGGAGGAGUUAGUCCGGUACCGAGAGGUCGGUACUGUCAAACACAGCGUGAUCAUCAUAGAUGGCACAUGGAGCCAGGCUAAAAACAUGUUCCUAAAAAACAGCAUGUUCCACCUGCCAAAACAGGUGCAGCUCCACAGGACUCUGUCCAGCCAGUAUGUGAUCCGGACUCAGCCCUCCAACAUCUGUUUGUCCACGCUGGAAUGUGCCGCUGUCACCUUGUCGGUCCUGGAGCAGAACGACGAGAUCCUAGAGGUCUUGUUGAGACCUCUGAAGGCCUUGUGCUCCUUCCAGCUGCAGCACGGAGCUCAAAUUCAUCACAGCAAAGAGCAUCUCCUCAGGAACGGCAUGUAUGACAAACCCAUGCCCAAGAACAAACGCAAGAUAAAGAGGAUGGAAAAACUCAUUACUGACCACAACGUCUGCCCAAGAUGAUGAUGUGCCUGAGCAGACACCUUCUUUCUAUAGACAAAUCUCAGACUGAGUCAUCAGGGUACAAACGCUUGAAUAACUGAACUUUUCAGGUUUUUUUGAAAACCUUUAAAUCAAAGAUUUUUGUGUUAUAGUGUGUUGCUGAAUAUUAUUUAUACAUUUGUCAUUUUCUAAAUCUAUUAAAAAAGUUCUACUUUAUCAUAACCAAGAGUAAAGGAAGCUUUUCAUGUUUA